AUGCCCAUCUUCACCGCUUUGCGGGCGUGUGAGAUGAGCUGGACGAGAAGAAAGAGGGGCAUAAACGCUUUGAGCCCUCCUGGCAUAACGCAGCUGGGGCUGGGGGCAACGCGGCUGCCCAAGAGGGGGCGGCCCCCCCACCCCCGCCCCGCCCCGGGGCCGUGCCGCCCCCCAGCCCUGCCCCAUAAAGGAGCGGAGGAGCAGCCGCUGUGGCGCCUGCCCGGUUCCCGGUGCUCCCUGCCCGGUUCCCACUCCCCGGUUCCACGCCCUCGCUCCCGGUACAGCCCGAGGAUGCUGCGCCGCCGCGGAGCCUUCAGGGUGCAGCCGCUCCGCGGUGACCCCGAUGGUCCCUGGGAGUCGGCCGAGAGCUGCAUCGUGCGCACCUCCGCCAGCGUCUACCGCCGGCUGCAGGACAGCCCUCGGCAGCCCCGGCGGGGCAUGAGCACCCGGGGACCCCCCCCGCAGCCCCCCAGCAGCCCCCCGGCAGGCGGGAGCUUCCCCGAAUCCGAGGAUUCCGGCGUGGAGAUGGCCAGCAACGAGCACUCUCCCUGCACGCCGCUGGGCUCCGAGAGCGGCUUCUCCCUCGACGUUUUCCUGGCGGAGAAGCCCCCCGGAGAGGAGCCCCCCGGAGAGGAGCCCCCCCGGAGCCGCUCGGCCGGCAGGAGGCUGCUGCAGGCAGCGCAGCGGAGCAGGAGGCAGCGCUGCCCUCGCCAGCUCAGCCGGCGCAACGCCAGCGCCGCCGACCUGGCGGAGCCACCUCGGGACCCCCGGGAGCCCCAGGGGGCGGCGGCUGCUGCCGGGGGCGCUCGGUCACCAGGCGGCCCUCGGGACCCCCGGGCUGUGCCCGAGGAGGCGGUGUCGGGGCAGGGGCUGCGUUACCUGGAGCAGAUGUGCCAGAUGCUGGAGCGCCUGGCGCGGCUGCAGCAGGACAACCGAGCCCUGCGGCAGCAGGCGGCCGGAGCUCGCUGCGCCCGCCCGGCCACGCUGCCCAGCCGGCAGCCUCCGCGGCAGGAUUUGGGGGCGUGGAGGGAUUCGGGGUUCCGGCAGCGCUCCUGCUCCGACAGCCAGGCGCCAGCUGAGCCCGGGCCGUGCCGGAGGAUGUGGGGACACUCGGUCAGCUCCCCCAGCCUGCUGGAGCCCUCCGAGGGCGGGGCGGGGGUCCCGGCACCGGACAAGGUAGGGCCGGGGGGUGCCGGGCUGUGGGGGGGGGUCCCGCCGCUCCCCGCCGCUGACCCCUGCUCUCCCGGCAGGACGGGCGCUCGCACUGGGGCCGGGUGAAGGUGCUGCUCACCCGCCUGACCCGCCGGUCCCUGCGGGGGCGCCGCUGCAGGUAGAACCGCGGGGAUCCCGCUCCCGCCGCCGCGCCUGGAUGGAGGAACUGCGUCACGCCUCGCCCUAUGACGUCACGCCCGCCCGGGGCCGGUCCCCGGCCCGGCGCACCCCCCUUUCACCUUUUUUCUUUUUCCCCAAUAAAGUCAUUUCACGCAUACA